GCUGCGCGGGGCUCCCCGGGCGCCGCGGCUAGUGCGCCCACUGCGUCCCAGCCACCCUCACCGCCGGCCGCCUUGGGGGACGAGGAGCAGGACGCGGCCUCGGCGGGGCCCGGGCCGAACCGCCGCGGACCCCCGGGAGCCGGGGAGGCGAGCGCCGCGGUCUCCGGCAUGGAUCAGUGUGUGACGGUGGAGCGCGAGCUGGAGAAGGUGCUGCACAAGUUCUCGGGCUACGGGCAGCUGUGCGAGCGCGGCCUGGAGGAGCUCAUCGACUACACCGGCGGCCUCAAGCACGAGAUCCUGCAGAGCCACGGCCAAGAUGCUGAAUUAUCAGGGACACUUUCACUUGUUUUGACACAGUGCUGCAAAAGAAUAAAAGAUACUGUUCAGAAAUUGGCCUCAGACCACAAAGAUAUCCAUAGCAGUGUUUCUCGAGUUGGAAAAGCCAUCGAUAAGAAUUUUGAUUCUGACAUUAGCAGUGUGGGAAUAGAUGGCUGCUGGCAGGCAGACAGCCAACGACUUCUCAAUGAGGUGAUGGUGGAACACUUCUUCCGACAGGGAAUGCUGGAUGUAGCGGAGGAGCUCUGCCAGGAAUCUGGUCUUUCUGUAGACCCAAGUCAGAAAGAACCAUUUGUGGAGUUAAAUAGAAUAUUAGAAGCAUUGAAAGUCAGAGUUCUGAGACCUGCUCUGGAAUGGGCAGUAUCAAACCGAGAAAUGCUCAUAGCCCAAAACAGCUCCUUGGAAUUCAAGCUACACCGACUGUAUUUUAUUAGCUUGUUAAUGGGUGGAACUACAAAUCAGCGAGAAGCAUUACAGUAUGCUAAAAAUUUUCAGCCAUUUGCCCUACAUCAUCAAAAAGACAUUCAGGUGUUGAUGGGAAGCCUGGUGUACCUGAGACAAGGGAUUGAGAACUCACCGUAUGUUCACCUGCUUGAUGCAAACCAGUGGGCUGACAUAUGUGACAUCUUCACACGGGAUGCCUGUGCCCUCCUGGGGCUCUCUGUGGAGUCUCCUCUCAGUGUCAGUUUCUCAGCAGGUUGUGUGGCGCUGCCUGCGUUAAUUAACAUCAAAGCUGUGAUUGAACAGAGGCAGUGCACUGGAGUUUGGAACCAGAAAGAUGAAUUACCUAUUGAAGUAGACCUUGGUAAAAAGUGCUGGUAUCACUCUAUAUUUGCCUGUCCCAUUCUUCGUCAGCAAACAACAGAUAACAAUCCACCCAUGAAAUUGGUCUGUGGUCAUAUUAUAUCAAGAGAUGCCCUGAAUAAAAUGUUUAAUGGUAGCAAAUUAAAAUGUCCAUAUUGCCCAAUGGAACAAAGUCCAGGAGAUGCCAAACAGAUAUUUUUCUGAAGAAAUGAGUUUAGCUUGCAAUUUGAAAAAGCUGUGAUAGAUUCCAAAUUUGCUUUGCUUUUCGAUGUUUCCUCUGCCCCAGCUCUCGCCUCAGAGUCCACACACCUGCAUUUGAGCUUUGCCUGUAGCCCCAAGCAAGCUGCCUCUUUAAAUCCCAUCAUGAAUUUAGCAGGCUGGUGUGAGUCUUCUGCUACAACAAAGUGGAAGAAGUAUUAUUAUGUGUUAUUUUUGUUUCUUUUGUUUUUGCUUUUAUUGCCAAGAGGUGCUUUUUUAAAAAGUGUUCAAUAAAACGAAAUUCUGAAGUUAGACUGUUCCUGAAUUGAUAUAUUGCUCUCUUGGUCUUAGUAGCCUAUCCUUUGAAAUCUGCCUUCAGGACUUGACUGGGUGUCACAUUUGUUUAUCAUUAUCGUGUUGUGCACGUGUGCGUGUGUGUGUAUGUGUGUGUACAUAUAUGUAUGCACACACAGACACACAUAUAUGUGCACCAGUAUCAAACAUUGUGUAUCUGGAAGGGACGAAGCAUGUUCCAAUUCUAAAAUGUAGUUACCAGACUCCUCACUUUAAGUCCUUAAGGUUAGACUCUAGCAACUUCCUGUACUUUGGAAUAUGUUUACUGCUAUUUUUGUGUUUGAUAAGUAUACUGCUCAUGUUUCCCUGCAUAAGUGACGUAUCAUCUCAUUGACUGUGAAUCUGUAUAUUACUCACAUAGCUACAGAUAAUGAUCUUUUCUCUUGUGAGGUAUCUUCACUUAAUGCACUGUCCAGAAAGUGUCACGUGUAAAGAGUCUUUCUCUGUAUGAGGGACUACAUGGAAAAGACUUCUGUGGAUAUAAGUCUGACUUAAACCUAUGAAGUACUUCAUGAGAAGAUCGCUUCGUGGAAAUCACCAAAUAUUUUGCAACUUUAUUUCAUCUGACAUGGAACUGAACUGAAUCAACAUAGGAAUACUUCCAUGAGAAAAUGAAAAGAUGUAAACACAGAAACAAAGAGAAAUGUGACUCUUCUGUUUUAACUACAGAUGGAUUUAGUUUAAGAGAGUGGGGAUAACAGCUCUGGUGCUAAGUUAGUUGGAAAUUAGCAACAUUCACAGUAGCAUCAGCAGCCUGGAUGGUUUCUCCUGAAAUGUUCACCUGGGAGAGCUGGGAUUUGCUUGUGAAGGAAAAAUACUUCAGAAAAGCCCUGUGUAUUGACCAAGUAGUCAGUUUCAUGUUGAUUGCUACUAUGUGCUAUGUAGGGUAGCUAGGGAUCAUGAUCGGCCCAGCUCAGAGUGCAUGCUUUGUUCAAAAUCAGUCUGGCUCACGGUGACUUCUUCUUUGCUGUUGGUGCCCUCUGUAAAGUCCCCUGGCCCCCACUGAAAGCAGUAAAGAAAAAGCCUAGCCCUCACUGGAUGGGAGAAAAGGUAGAGUGCCAGACAGUACCCUGUUGAGAGUGUAAACUCUUUUAUUAUAUAGAUUUUUUUCCUUUGAAUUUAAUUCUAGGAUAUCAGGCUUUUUUUUAAACUUUGUUAUUUUUAGGUCAAAUUUAGCUUUUUUUUUUAGCCCCAUAACUUAUUUUUACCUUCCCAACUCAAAUAUCUACACAACAUUUAGACUUCACAUAAGGUUUAAGUGAUACAGACGUGCUCUUGAGGCUGGUGGUAAAAAUAAAUAUUGGCAGCAGACCCUUCACACAGUUGACUCAGGCCACUUCUAAGGACAGAGGAUCUUCUUGGUCCUUUUCUUGGUGCUGGGAGACAUAGUGACAGUUUCUUGUGAAGCUCAUGAAACUUUAAAAAGUACAUGCUUUAACAAGCAUUUGACUUUACAGCUUCCUAUGUAAGGUCCUUGUAGUUCCAAUAGGCAAGAGGACAAGGGCCAAAGAAUUGAAACUCUUGAUUAACAAUUUACCUUAGGUCUUGUGCUGUUUCAGUGCACGGACUUAAAAUCUGUGAGAGACUGUAGCAGAGGUGGAUUUGAAGAGGCCAGACCUUAACCAAAGAUGCUGAAGUACAACAUUGCUGCUCUAGAAACACCUCACGGUGGUAUUAGGGGCAUGCCGUUGUUGAUGCUGCACACAUACUAGCAUGCAAGAGGCACCGGCUGUCUCUUUCUGCCUCCACAUACGAAAGGUAAUGAUAGUGGCAAGGAUUCAUAUAGUCAGAUGAGUAACAUAUGUUAGAAACAGUCUCAGAACAAUUUCUGAAAUUUCUUUACAAGCCAUUUCCUUUACCCAUUAAGGACAAAGGCUACAGGACUCUGCUAAACCAUUAAAACCUUAUUAACAAAUCUUUACAUUCUGCCGUGGCCAGUGCACAAGCACAGUGCCUCUCCGUAAUGGCUAAGGUUGUCUUUGAUCUUUUUUCUCCUUUUUGUGAUCAUCACAGAUGCCAUUUCUGUUUUAUUGAUGAUUAUAUGAGACUUUUAAUACAUAAAUGAACGGGUAUUGGUGCCUCUUUAUUUUUAAAAAAUUGAAGAAGAGAGCCACCUCAUAUUCAUAGGGUGUGUAUUUUGUGAGUGUGUGAACAUUUAAUUGAAAAUAAGAAAGUUAUGAAGUAAUUUUUAAAUUUUUCCAUAGCAGCUAAUGUAUGAACUAAACCCACACCAAAUCAUUGUGGGAAUGAGGGUCCUUUCUUCUCCUCUCCUCCCAGGUAGCCAGUCCCACAGAUUGGGCAGUUCAGACUCAGUACUUAUUAUGCUGUGAGUUGUUCCACUUCAGUGGUUUCAGCCUUUGGGACAGUGGAUAUUGAAAAACCAAGAACUUUUGGUUUAUCCACACAAGGCAAGCUGCUGGUAGACUACCUUAGCCUCUGCUUUUCCAGCUCAAACUCUCAUAAAGUGGACCAACCCCACGCUGGUUGGUCUGUUCAGUCAGCAGACUCAGGUUAUCUUCAGGGAAGGUAUGGAGGCAUGGUUUGUUUCAUUUCAUCACUAGGAUGUGUAAAGUGAAGACAAACCAAAUACCUUUCAUCAUUUAAUCCUACGUACAUUAACUUUGGUAACACUAGAAUGCUGUGGUCUUGGGGAGCACACAGAGGGAACAGGUAGCAAGGAUCACGUACAGGUUCGAUGUUUCAUAAGUUCUCUAGCUGUGGCGGGUUGUAUGUGGUACUGUAGUGUUUACCAUAAGCAGGUACAAGCUUCACAAACUGUCCAUACUGACUUAUAAUUGGAUACCAAAAAUAGAAUGGCAAACGUAUUUUAGUAGCAGAUGAGGCAAUUAGUUUUAGGGUGAAUUUUCUGCUAUUGAUUUUACUUCACGUUGUAGCAAGAGAAACAAAGCUUUGUUUUUAAGACAUUUUUAGACCACAGUUGUGAGCUGUAUAGCAAGUGUAUGCUUCAUUUACUUCCAAAGAGGCAAAGCAGCUGGAACUGGCUUACAGCACGUGCUUCAUUUCAUGGUAUGGAUGAGGACCUACGCUUUGGAAUAGUAGUCUUAACCUACUCAGCCAGAUGGAUGUGGGGUUCUCUAGGAUUUAGUGCCUGAACUUUUCUUUUGAGAAGGGGCUGGAGAGAAUGUACUGGGGAGGGGAGGAAAGAAAGCAGGAGAAGGAAAUGGGUGUGUGAGUGAGUGCAUGUGUCAGAGUUCACCAUCGCCCCGCUAGCAGGCGGCACGUGUCCCAUCUGUUUUACUCAUGACUGCAGUGUGCAUGUAGUUUUUCCUUCGUUUUUUUCUAAACUUAUACUAAAAGGAUCCAUCAGACCAUCUUGUUCAGAUGGCUCAGGAUUGUAUUUCUUUUGCUUACCCUGUGCUCCUGGGUUCUAUGGUAUUUCUAUAAUUACAAAUAGUGUUGCACUGUAAUCUAUCAUAUAGAGCUAUAUGUAUGGAAAAUUUUGGUCAGUUUUUUAAAGAGAUGUAUUCUGUUUGCAAAGGCACAAUAAAAUUGCAUCUUCUAGAUUAUAGGCAAUAAAGCUAACAAUAAAUCUUAUUUAACAAAUCA